CUCUUCACUUGUAAGAAAGGACCGUCUUCACCUGGAGGAUUGUACCCAGAGAUGAGGCUCUGUUUGUGGGUUGGAGCGAGGGGUUUCCUGCCUGUCCUGGUUCUCCUCACUGUCCUCCAUGUGAACGCAGUGCAGCCGACAGCAAAGGAGAGACAUUACUAUAUCGCUGCUGUGGAGAUAGACUGGGACUACGCUGAGAAUGACCCUCACAGGUUCGGUCCCACCUAUAAGAAAGUGGUCUUUCGGGAGUAUGACAAAGGCUUCAGGCAGGCUAAGACUCAUCCCUCCUGGUUAGGUCUGCUGGGACCCACUCUGAGGGCUCAGGAGGGAGAGACCAUCGUCGUCACUUUCAGAAACAUGGCCAGCGGACCGCACAGCAUCCACCCUCACGGAGUCGCUUACGGGAAGCAGUCAGAGGGAGCUAACUACUUUGACAACACGUCUCAGAAGGAGAAAGAGGACGACGUGGUGCAGCCGAACAGUGAACAUGUUUAUUACUGGGAGGUGACGCCCGAUGUUUCUCCUCAGCCGAGCGACUCCCCCUGUCUCACCUACAGCUACGUCUCCCACAAAGACGUAGUUCAGGACUACAACUCCGGCCUCAUUGGAGCUCUACUCAUCUGCAAGCCUGGCAGUCUGGAUGAGUCGGGGAUUCAGAUCGGAGUCGAGCAUGAGUACGUGUUCCUCUUUGGGGUUUUUGAUGAAAGAGAGAGCAAGUACACACCGAAGAUCCACGCCAACCAUGUGAAGUACACCAUCAACGGAUACGCUAUGGGCACACUGCCUGAUGUGAGUGUGUGUGCCCAUGCCUCUGUGAGUCUGCACCUGCUGGCCAUGAGCUCAGACCCUGAGGUUUUCUCCGUGCACCUGAACGGUCAGGUGCUGCAGCACAACGGCCACAAAGUGUCCUCAGUGGGUCUGAUCAGCGGCUCCACGGCCUCCUGCAGCAUGGUGGCUCUGCACAGGGGCCGCUGGAUGCUGUCCUCUCACACCAUGAAGCACAUGGAGGUUGGCAUGCAUGGUUUCCUGGAGGUGAAGAAGUGUGACGGCUUCAGUGUGCCCAAUCGAAGGAUGACCAUCGAGCAAAAACGACACAGCAAGGUGUGGAAAUACUACAUCGCUGCGGAGGAAAUUAUCUGGGAUUACGCCCCGAGUAUGCCGGAAUACGUUGACGAGGACUUUAAGCUCCAGUACCUGAAACAGUCAGCGUCACGCAUAGGAAGGAAAUACAAGAAGGCGGUUUACACGCUGUACACAAACGAGUCCUUCACUGAGAGGCUGGAGACGAAGCAGAGGAAGAACGAGCUCGGGAUCCUCGGUCCGGUCAUCAAGGCGCAAAUCAGAGACGUUAUCAAGAUAGUUUUUAAGAACCUGGCCUCCAGACCGUACAGCAUCUAUCCUCAUGGUCUGACCAUCGAGAAGUCAGAUGAGGGCGUCAACUACCCAGCAGGAGGAAACCAGUCUCACGGGGUUCAGCCAGGCGAGACACACACCUACGUCUGGAGGGUGGUGGACGAGGACGAGCCUCUGGACGGAGACUCCAGAUGUCUGACCCGUCUGUACCACAGCGCUGUGGACGCUCCACGAGACAUCGCUUCAGGACUGAUCGGACAGAUCCUCAUCUGCAAGAGUCGCUCGCUGAAUGUCAGGGGUGUGCAGCUGAAGGCAGACAAGGAGCAGCAUGCUAUGCUGGCUGUUUUCGACGAGAACAAGAGCUGGUACCUGGAUGACAACAUUCGCCAAUUCUGUGAUCGAUCCAAAGUCAACAAGGCAGACCCGGAGUUUAUUAAGUCCAAUGUCAUGCACUCGAUCAAUGGGUACGUGUUUGAAAGCGGACCUCACUUAGGUUUCUGUAACGGUGAGAUUGCAACAUGGCACAUGUCCAGCAUCGGAGCGCAGGACUACAUCCAGACAGCUACUUUCUACGGACACACAUUUGAGGUGAAUGGGCGGACAGAGGACUUUCUGAGUCUCUACCCAAUGACCGGAGAGACUAUCACUAUGGAAAUGGACAACUUAGGUGUCUGGCUCCUGGCGUCCCUGAACUCCCAUGAGACGACCAAAGGAAUGCGCGUCAAGUUUAAGGAUGUUGAGUGCUAUCGUGACAACGAGUACGAUUACCCUGGCUACGACUACAAGAAUACGUUUCAUAUAUGGAACCCUCAGGGACUUCCCGAAAUCAAAAAUGAAGAGGAAAAGCCAAAUCCUGCGGUGGAAAAUAAGCCAGUAAAGAUAGACAUUGACACAGACAUGUAUGCAGAGCUAUGGGAUUUGAGAUCUCUGAAGAACCAAUCCAAAGAUCCAGGUGUGGACCAGUUGGACCUCUCUUUCCUCGACUAUGAUGCUGUUGAUGUGCCUGAGGAUGGAAAUGUCAUGAUUCAUUUCAAAGGGACAAAGAAUAAAACACAAACCUCUUUUUCAAAGCCAAAUGCAAACUGGAAAGACGUGGAUGGAUCGAAUCUCACGGAAGUAGAUUUGUAUAACCAAAGCAUUAAAGUGAACACAAGUCAAAUGCAGAACAGCAGUACACUUGGUAAUUCGUCGUUGUAUAAAAUAGAGAACACAACCAUUUUGUAUAGCCCAAAUUUACUAAAAAGUGACAAUGCAACUAUAAAUACCAGCGCUUCUGCCGAUUCUCACACAAACAACACAACAGUUCAAAAUGCUACGGUAUUAUCAGCAGAUGGAGAUGUAUCCAUAAAGCCAAAUGCAAUCAACGAGACAUUAUUAUCAAACUUGGAAAAGGUGGAUGGAUUUAACCUCACGGACGUACAUUUGCUAAACCAAAGCAUCAGUGAGAAUACAACACAAUCGCAGAACAGCAGUCAGCCGUCAACCUUUGGUGAUUCUUCUUUGAAUAAUAAAAUAGAGAACACAACCGUUUUGUACAGCCCAAAUAUAGUGCUAAAGAAUGACAACUUAACUACAAACAGCAGCGCUUCUGCAGUUUCUGACACAAAUAACACAACAGUUCACAAUGUUACAGUACUAUCAGCGGAUGUACCCACAGAUAUUACCAAUCUUACCGUGACUUUAACAGGAAAUGCAAGUUCAAUCUUGGAGACUGAAGAACUCAAUGUAACCUUGACCAGUGAUAACCAGACUACUGAUUCAGAGGAGAUUCUCACAAGAGGUGACGUGUUUUCUUACUCUGUGCCAACGUCCAAUUCUAGCGUGAAAAAUCUCUCUAAUUCAACAGACGGUAACGCAACGUCUCUGUCAAACUCUGCAGAAAAGGUAGAUGAAAACAACAUAGCAGCUAACGUAUCAGCAGAUGAUGAUUCAUUGUCUUUUCCAGCAGCUGAUGUUGAAAAGGUUAGCAUGGACAUAAGCAACUUAACCAUCUUAGAGUUGGAAGUGGACGGCACAGACAACAAAACCAAUGGCAAUGACACUACAGAAGAACCUGAGUAUACACUUCAAAUGAAUUCCUCUGAAAACGUAACUAUCGAAGCCGACUCAAGCCUGGGAAAUGUAUCACAAGCUUUGCUCGAGAGUAAACAGAAUAUAUCCAGAUCUAACACAACAGAGAGUAAUGUUACCUCACUUCUUGAUGAGUCGAACUACACAUCUUCUGCAGAAAGUUUCUCCAAUAAGAGUAAUGUGUCCCUCUCCGGCGACGCAGGAAAAGAGAGCCAAUCUGAGGAGCUAAGUGUCUCGGAGGAAAGUGAAGAACUGCUCAUCUACCUCACAGGAAACCAUUCACAGGUGAUUAAAACAACCCCCGUCAAAACACAGUCGCACAAUUGGACUUAUGAGAGCACUCACCAAAUGGAACCCGUGGAUAUUCCCGACUACAUGAUGAAAUAUUUUCCGAAAGAAACCCCCAAAGCAACACCGCCUCCAAAAAAGAUCCGGAAGGUAAGUCUUCGUCAGAGACCCCCGAAAGGUCUAGGCAUGAAAACAAAGAAGAAGAAGGAGUACAAACCUCAGUCGAGGAGUGGAUUACCUCUUUCUCCUCGAGGUUUUGGCCCAGCCAUGACUCCACGUGGGUCUCGACCCGUUCUGCAACCCGUCACUGAUGAAGAAGAACUGAUCAACGAGCCUGUAGUCAUCGGUGUGCCUCGAUCCGAUUUCAGCGACUACGAGUUGUACGUUCCUGGAGACGAUCCGGAUCAUCUGGCGAUGGAGGGAGAUGUGACCGCAGAUGAAUAUGAGUAUGUGACUUAUGUAGACCCUUACAGCGGUGGUACAGACAUCAAGAUUCUCAACCUGGACGACACGACCAAAUACUACCUGAAGUUCUCAGGUCCCAACGUCAGGACUUAUUUCAUCGCUGCAGAAGAGGUGAAUUGGGACUAUGGUGGCUAUGGACAGAGGAGGCAAGACAAAUCGGAGCAGAACAGCAGAGAGACUAAGUUCACCAAGGUGGUUUUCCGAGGCUACAUGGACAGUAGCUUCAGCACACCAGACAUCCGUGGAGAAAUGGAUGAGCAUCUAGGCAUCCUGGGACCUGUCAUCAAGGCGGAGGUUGGACAAAGCAUCAUGGUGGUGUUCAUGAACAAAGCAAGCCGUCCGUACUCCUUACACCCGAAUGGAGUUACCUAUACCAAGCAGACAGAGGGUCUGUCCUAUGAGGAUGGCUCUGAGUACUGGUAUAAAUAUGACAAUGAGGUUCAACCCAACACCACCUUCACAUAUAUCUGGAAAGUCAACUCUAAGGUGGGGCCGAUGCCAACAGAGUCUCACUGCCGGACCUGGGCCUACUAUUCAGGCGUCAAUCCUGAAAGGGAUAUUCACUCUGGAUUGAUUGGGCCUUUGCUGGUGUGUCGAGAGGGGACUCUGGAGAAAAACAUCCCCGACAUGAGGGAGUUCACGCUGCUCUUCAUGACCUUUGAUGAGUCUCAGAGCUGGUACUACAACGAGAACCAGGAGAUGAUGCAGAGGAAAAGCAAAAGGAGAUAUACGGGCCAAAACAACAAGAGCCUCCAAUUCCAUUCCAUCAAUGGAAUAAUAUUCAACCUGAAGGGUCUGAGGAUGUACACCAACCGGCUGGUGAGCUGGUACCUCAUCAACAUGGGGUCUCCCAAAGACUUCCAGAGCAUCAACUUCCACGGACAGACGUUCAUUCACAAGAAGAUCAGCAGCUACAGACAGUCCGUCUACCCUCUGCUGCCGGGAAGCUUUGCCACUCUGGAGAUGUAUCCGUCCAAACCUGGCCUGUGGCAGCUGGAGACGGAGAUUGGUUUCAACCAACAGAAGGGCAUGCAGACCCUCUUUCUGGUUCUGGAUAACGAUUGCCAUCGUGCCCUGGGUUUGGAGUCAGGCAGUGUGAAAGACAACCAGAUAACAGCGAUCAACACCAGAGGAUACUGGGAGCCAAAUCUCGCCAGAUUGAACAAUGGGGGAAAAUACAACGCAUGGAGCACGGAGCAGAACAUGAGCUGGAUUCAGGUGGACUUCCAGCGACCCGUUGUUAUCAGUCAGGUCGCCACGCAGGGAGCAAAGCAGAUGUUGCAACACCAGUUUGUGACAAAAUACUCCAUCUCAUACAGCACCGACCGCAAGAAGUGGAUCUUCUAUAAGGGCGACAGCAGGGACCUCAGGAAGGUGUUCCCUGGGAACGAGGAAGCCUACGUGACGAAGGGAAACACCUUCUUCCCUCCUGUGAUUGCUCGCUUCAUUCGGCUCCAUCCUAUAAACUGGUACAACAAAGCCACCGUCCGCAUGGAGUUCUACGGCUGUGAGCUCGACGGCUGCUCGGUGCCUCUGGGGAUGAAGAGCCGGCUGAUAGAAGACCGUCGUAUCACAGCCAGCUCUGAAGCCUACAGCUGGUACUCUGGAUACUCCUGGAAACCUGCGUAUGCACGUCUGGACAAACAAGGAACCAUCAAUGCAUGGCAGGCUAAGUAUAGUAACAUGAACCAGUGGCUUCAGGUGGAGCUGCCUCAGGUGAAGAAGAUCACAGGUAUCGUAACGCAAGGAGCCAAAUCUCUGGGGAAAGAGAUGUAUGUGAUCUCCUACUCUCUGCAGUACAGUGACAACGGGAUACACUGGACCCCGUACACAGACGAUGAGGCCAUCACAUGCAAGACUUUUCUGGGGAACACAGAUAACAGCGACCACGUGAAGAACUACAUCUACCCUCCUAUUUUCUCCCGCUUCAUCCGAGUCAUCCCCAGAAGCUGGAUGACCUCCAUCACCAUGAGAAUAGAACUGCUGGGCUGCGACUUUGAGUGACACACAGACACACAUCCAUACCUAAUUUACAGAAAGGUCAAGUUAUAGGACAUGCACAAAACAAAAACACAUGCAGACUGAAAAUAGGGUAUGAUGAAUCCCACAGUAGGGUCAUGUAUGGAGAAUAGGAAUAUAUGAAGUUGCAACACGUGUGUGCAGGCAGAAACAAACACACAGUUUUGUGGAAGAUAGUUGAACGUUUUGCAAGUACCAAUGACUGUAUACGGAAGAAGUUGAAUAACAGCAGGGCUUUCUAACGGAGAAAUGUAGAUGGUUAACGUACUUUAAACUACUCUUAAAUGAUCUAAUUUACAGUGUAUGAGAUACAAACUAUAGGAAAAUGUAAAACACAAUUUCAAAACAAAUAAAACCCUACUAAAAGAAUAGUUAAAUUGAAUCACUUUAGACCGAAUUGAGCCCUGGUGUAAACAAAUUAAUAAAACAUUGAUAAAACUAUUGGUUAACGACUCAAAAAAAGAGUAAUAUAACUACUUGAGUCACUAUGCAAGUAGGAAGCUAGUUAAACUGCAGGCAGUCUAGUUUGAAAUGUAGUUAAAUACUAGUUUUCACUUCUCACCCACACUGCAAACACACGUAAAUGAAUCAUCCAGGCCCCACUGUUGAACUCAUUAUGUGCAAAGGGUUGAAUAUAAAGAUAUAUGGUAUUCUCAGAUAAAAACUGUUAUAAAACUCACUGAUAAGUGCAGUAUGUAUGUAUGAGUAAUCUUGUGUCAAUAGUCUAUUUUUUUAAAUACUAGUAGCAUUUAAGCCGAUAUAUGGCAUAGUGUCCAUCAGAAAUGACUUUAAAUGAAUGUAAAUAUGUAAGUAGAGGUCAUGUAAUUUAUUUUUCAAUAAAUAUGAUUCCUAUUA